UCAUCAAUCUUCAUAAAAAAUCUCAUUAACAAAAAAACCAGAAAACACAAAAUCAAAUUAACCCACAUCAAACCCCAUUAAUUAACCAAUUCAUCAUCAACCGUCCUCUAAAACAAAAGGUUAAUAUAUAGUAACUCCGUAUCUGGUUAGUUCAAAGACUGACUAAUCUGAAGGAUUCAAUCCACCAUUUUCAAGACAUGGUGAAAAGUUCAACAAGAAGUUAUGAUGUGUUCUUAAGUUUCAGAGGAGUGGACACUCGUGAAUCUUUCACUUCACAUCUUUGCACUAGUAUUCAAAUGUCUGGAAUCGUUGUUUUUAGGGACGACGAUUCACUUAGAAAAGGAGAUCUCAUUUCAACAACUCUAUUGAGAGCAAUUGAAGAGUCUAGAAUUGUUAUUAUAGUUUUUUCAAGAAAUUAUGCGGGAUCGCGAUGGUGUUUGAUAGAGUUGGAGAAAAUAAUGGAGUGUUAUAGAACUAUAGGACUAGUGGUUCUACCGGUUUUUUACGGUGUAGAUCCAUCUGAAGUACGUCAUCAAACUGGUGAAUUUGGAAAAUCGUUUCAACUUUUUUUGAAUAGAAAUGGAAUUUCAAAGGAAGAUGAGUUGAAAUGGAGAGAUGUACUUCGUGAAGCUGCUGGCCUUUCAGGAUUUGUGGUCCUAAAAUUCAGGAAUGAAAGUGAAGCAAUCGACGAUAUAGUGGAAAAUAUUUCACGUUUGCUUGACAAGACAGAUUUGUUCAUUGCUGAUAAUCCAGUGGGAGUCGAAUCUCGAGUAGAAGAUAUGAUUCAACGGUUAAACAUCCAACAAACCAAUGAAAAUGUACUACUAGGGAUUUGGGGUAUGGGUGGGAUUGGUAAAACCACCAUUGCAAAAGCCAUUUACAAUAAAAUUGGUCGUAAAUUUGCAGGUAGGAGCUUCCUUGCAAAUAUCAGGGAAGUUUGGGAGCAAAAUGAUGGACCGGUUUGUUUACAAGAACAACUUCUUUUUGAUAUUUGCAAAGAUACGAAAACUAAGAUACGAAGUAUUGAGUCGGGAAAAACUAUAUUAAUGGAUAGACUAUGUCAUAAAAGAAUUCUUAUUGUACUUGAUGAUGUGAGUGAAUUGGAGCAAUUGAAUGCUUUGUGCGGAAAUCGUAAAUGGCUUAGUUCAGGGAGUAGAAUAAUUAUCACAACCAGGGAUAUGCAUAUACUUAGAGGGAAUAGAGUUGACCAAGUGUGCAAAAUGAAAGAAAUGGAUGAAAGUGAAUCAAUUGAGCUUUUUAGUUGGCAUGCAUUCAAACAAGCAAGUCCUAUAGAAGAUUUUGCUGGAAUUUCAAGAAAUGUAGUGGAGUAUUCUGGGGGAUUGCCGCUAGCUCUACAAGUCAUUGGGUCAUAUUUGUUUGAUAGGGGGAUAGCAGAGUGGAAGUGUGUAUUGGAGAAACUCAUAAGAAUUCCUAAUGAUCAAGUGCAGAAGAAGUUAAAAAUAAGCUAUGAUGGUUUAAACGAUGACACUGAGAAGAAAAUAUUCCUCGACAUAGCUUGUUUCUUUAUUGGGAUGGAUCGAAAUGAUGUUACACUUAUAUUAAAUGGAUGUGAACUUUUUGCUGAAAUUGGAGUAAGUGUACUUGUUGAGCGAAGCCUUGUAACUGUCGAUGAUAGGAACAAGCUUGGAAUGCAUGAUUUGCUGCGUGAUAUGGGAAGAGAAAUCAUUCGUGAAAAAUCAGAAGAGCCUGAGGGGCGUAGCAGAUUAUGGUUUGAUAAGGACGUGUUUGAUGUAUUAUCAGAACAAAAUGGAACAAAAGUUGUUGAGGGAUUGGCUUUGAAGUUGCCAAGAGAAAAUGCAAAAUGUUUUAGUACUAAAGCAUUUAAGAAGAUGGAAAAACUUCGAUUGCUUCAACUUGCUGGUGUACAACUUGAUGGGGAUUUUGAACAUCUUUCAAGAAAUUUGAGAUGGCUUUCAUGGAAUGGAUUUCCUUUAACAUGCAUUCCUUCAAGCUUUUAUCAAGGAAAUUUAGUUUCCAUUGAGUUAGUAAACAGCAAUAUCAAACUUGUGUGGAAAAAGACCCAGAGGUUGGAGAAGCUGAAAAUACUCAAUCUUAGUCAUUCUCAUUAUCUGACGCAAACUCCAGAUUUUUCAAACUUGCCUAAUCUUGAACAACUAGUACUCACAGAUUGUCCAAGGUUGUCAGAGGUUUCUCAUAGUAUUGAACAUCUCAAUAAAAUUCUUCUGAUAAAUUUGGAAGAUUGUAUUGGUCUUCAGAGCCUUCCAAGAAGUAUCUAUAAGUUGAAAUCUCUAAAAACUCUCAUUCUUUCCGGGUGUUCAAUGAUUGACAAGUUGGAAGAGGACUUAGAACAGAUGACAUCUUUAACCACUCUGAUAGCAAAUAACACCGCAAUAACAAGAGUGCCCUUUUCAGUAGUAAGGUCGAAAAGCAUUGGAUAUAUUUCUUUGUGCGGCUAUGAAGGAUUCUCACGUGAUGUGUUCCCAUCGAUCAUUUGGUCUUGGAUGUCACCGACAAAUAAUCUCACUUCCCCAUUUCAGACGGUUGCUGCAAUGUCAUCCCAUGUUCCUUUAGAUGUACUAAAUAGUAGUUCCCAUGAACUAUCAUCUAUUUCCAAUUACCUUCCAUGGCUUCGAUGUCUUUGGGUGGAAUGCGGAUCAAAACUUCAACUUUCUCAAGAUGCAGAAAGAAUUUUGGAUGCCUUAUAUGCCACAAAUUCUAAAGAAUUCGAAUCAUCUGAUACAUCACAGUUAUCAAAUGUGAAAACUCAUGCAUUACUUCAAUAUUGCAGUCAAGUGCACAUUUCAGAAUCAAAAACUUCCUUGAGAUCUUUUCUUAUUCAAAUGGGGAUGAAUUGCCAAGUCACGACAAUGUUGAAAGAGAACAUAUUACAGAAUAUGGUUGUCAACGGGUGUGAAGGCUGCUUGCUCUCGGGUGAUGGUUACCCAAAUUGGUUUUCCUUUAAUUACGAUGGUUGUUCGGUAAAAUUUGAAGUCCCUCAAGUGGAAGGGCGCAUAUUGAAGACAAUGAUAUGCGUUGUCUAUUCUUCACCACCAAAUAAUGUAGUAUCAGACGGCCUUAAAAACUUGAUGGUGAAAAAUUACACUAAAGCCACCAUUCAACUAUAUAAGAGAGAGGCAUUAGUCUCCUUCAAAGAUGAUGAGGGCGAGAGAUUAGUAUCAAGUAUAGAGCCUGGUAACCAAGUGGAGGUUGUCGUUGUUGUUGAGAACGAUUUCAUUGUGAAAAAGACAAUAAUUUAUCUCAUAUACGAUGAAUCAAUUGGCAAAACAAUGGAUCAAAGUCAUGUUAUAGAUAAAGAUAACAGAAGGAAGAAAAUUCUCAAGUGGUGUUGCUAGUUUUGUUCGAUCGAUCAAGUAAUGUUUUGAACUGUGUAUUACAAGUUUAAUGCUAGGUUGGUAGGUACAAAUGCUCAACCCAAAAACAUUGUUACCUCCAAAUGAAGUAUGCAGCCUUCUAUUCAAUGUCAUUAUUGUGCAGUCUGCCUUUGGUUCAUUUUUCUUCUGUUAGGCUUUACAAAUUCCAUAUGUAUAUAUUUUUUGGUUAUAUUGUUGUAAAAUCAUCGAUGAAGAGGUUUGAUACAUUCAUUAUCAGUGUACAUAAAUAAGUAUGAUAAGAGUUAAUAUAGUGUCAUACAAGUGAAAUAUAAUUAUUCGAUUCAUUUUAAUUUCA